AUGGCUGUUGUUGCGUUGGUGACGAGCGGCGACCGGAGGAUCUAUGCACUUCCUGGGCAGCUGGCUGAUGUGGAGAAGGUAUACGGGGGCGAAUAUGGGGAUGAAGAGGAUGAGGAUGACGUUCCUGGCUCUAUGCGACUCCCCAACGAACUGCUCCAACAAAUAUAUCGCAAGUUAUCUCCCGGAGGAUGGUGGAGCAGCAUGUUGGCCAUCCUAUCACCUAUGAGAACGGUACCGGCAUCGAACCUAAGUCGCGAGGAUAUCAUGAGCAAGUGGAUUGCGAGAGAAUGCAACCUCCUAAACUGGCAAAAGUCUGCCUUCGUGGAAGUUGGCCAUACAGACUUCAGUGCCAUAGUGCCCGGAUCAGUGCCCGGAGACUUGCGGGGGGCGAUGAGCUUUACUGUGAGCUUGUGUGGAAAGUUCUUGAUGGCUGUGUAUGGCCGAGUUGUCUACAUAUACGAGCUGAAUCAUGUGUGCUUUCCGGAGCGGUUGCUUUGGGCGCUGCCGUUUCGUCGGAGACAGGGGAUGCCGUUGGGGCUGCUGAGGCCUGUGACGAGGGUUCUGUGUCCCCGAAGGGUUAUCUCUUGCAGUAUGGAUACUUCGGCGGAGAGAUAUUCUGCGGCAUUUUUGAUGGAGGGGAGGGUUGGUAUGGUGUGUGAUAUUACGACUGAGAGAACGGGCACGUCGAGUUCUGCAUCGACGCCUCAAACGGAAGCGCCUGCUACCGGAUCUGGAUCUGGUGUAUCUUCCGCAUCGGCAUCUUCAUCGUUUUCAGUGCAGCGUGUUUGCAAUCAGCAUCUGUCGAGUCUCCCAGUGCCGCCGGAAGAAGGCCCGAGAUCGGUUUAUCGCAAUAUCUGCCAUCCAGAUGACCCUCCCCGAUCGGUAGCCAUCUGUCCUCAGAGGAAAUGCGUGGCCUUUGGAUGCUCUGCUAGAAUCGAAUUGCAUUGGGUUGAUGCCAUGACUGGCCAAGAUCUCAGCAGAUGGUUCCCACUUACGUCUCCGAGUGACUUUCUUUACUUCCUACCGCCACGGAGGGGAGUUGACACGCCGCGGAAGCUGAGGUUGAUUAGCUCCGCUGCUGGUCUGGGCAACCCCAUGGAGCUGCUUGAUGGCAUUAUUCAUGGCUUCAGCACUUCACUUUUGGGAUCUGGGAGCACGGCGACGGUGUCUUGCUUUGAUACGGAUCCUUGGUACAUGAGGCAUGGCCGAAGGUCGAGUCGAGAUGCCGAUGCCGUCAAUAAUGAAAGUCUACUUAGCCGAAAUGUGCCGCAAGAUAGUCCUCUUCGGAGGCUUGUUGCUGCCAGCGCAGAUCACUUUCGGGCAGUACCGCUGAGUGACGGGCAUCAUAUCUUGUUUACUGAUCCUCGUACGGGAAGCCUUUGUCUGGGAACGGAUGCUCCUGUGGGUUCACUUACCCGUCUGCUUCGCAAGGUCUGGUUUCGGCCCCCUUCACAGACAUACUCCCCCAUGCCUCUGUUGUACAUUGUCGGAUCUGAUACAAGACAUGGCGUUCGCGUUGUCGCGACAUUUGCUGCUAGGCCACAAAAUGAGGUGAUAGCAUUGGAUGAGCGCAGAUUUUCUGGCGCAAGUGCUGCAACUCUUAAUGGUACAGAUUCCAGCCAGCAACUUAUUGUGUUUUACACAGUGCCACCGGAUGUGUUCCAUGAUAUACGCCGGGUCGAUGCUGAGGCUAGAUCUCCUGGAUAUCGCCCCCCUGAAAGCCGCAGGUUUGGGCAUUAUGAGCCGAGACACGGGCCGAUUGACCUAUGGAGCGACCCCUUUGGACAAGAUUCGCAUUAUCCAAUCGAGAUACAUGGACAAGUGGUGGCAACGUGUGGAAAUCUCACAGAAAUUGCGUUGAACUCGUCUCCGGACUUGAUCAUCUGGGCCUUUGCUGCCGGUGGGUGGGCCAAGACCUGGGCAUUGGACACUGGGAGAAAUGAGCCACUUAUAGCCUCUGCCGCUCAACGAGAUGGGAGUGUUCGACAGGUUGAUAUUGAUGACGAUGUUGUCACGGCCGGGCCUGCGCCGCAAUCAGAGUCGUCUUCAGAAUUGAGCUCGCUGGAUUUUAAUCUCUUUGAUGGCGCACCAAUCAGCAGCUUAGACCGAGAGCUACCAGUUCAAGAACCGUAUUGCCGUGGCAAGAGAUGGCAUGUGCGGGGAGAGAUUUGGGAUAUGCAAGGGGAUGAGGGCGAUGCUCUAAGCAUAGACCUUGUGGAGGAAAUGGGGAGUAUUACGAGGAUUAACGUUGAGCUCUUGUCCUAA